GAUAAGCAGGAAGCGCGCGAUCCUGAAUCCCUGAUCCUCAUGGUCGGUUUGUGUGCUGAAAACGGGGUCGCAUUGUAGAGGAUGCUUCUCCGUCGAACCUCCACCCUGUCAUGGAGGUACCAUCGUCUCUAUCCUCCAUGGAGGUAUGGUUCCAGCCAUGUUUUCCUGCGGUUCUCAUCACUGGGAAACGACUCGAAUUGGGGAAACAGCGGAGUGAAGUGUUCUCGCGGAAAAGAUUCGAUCAGUUCUGCGACUCCUCCUUAUGACCCCGAUACAGAUUUUAGAUGGAAGCGGUUUGGGUCUGGGAAGAAGCAAAAGCCUGCUCAUGGCGGAAGAAUUCAACAUGGACGAGGCAAUUCAAAAUAUGGAGGCGGUACGAGUUAUUCCCAUGGUUUUCCUAAGGCCAAGCCAUAUGAUAUAUGCCUAUAUGGAAACAGGAGAUCUGCUAACAUAUCCACAGGCUCUUUGAAUGAAAUGGGGCACACUGAAAUGGAAGGGGCAAAACAAAGAGUACUGCGGCCUGGGAUGGUUCUACUAAAACAGUACAUCACCCAUAAAGAACAGGUUGAAAUUGUAAAGAAAUGUCGCUAUCUUGGUAUUGGCCCAGGGAGAUUCUACCAGCCGGGUUACCAAAAUGGAGCAAAACUUCAUCUGCAGAUGAUGUGUCUUGGUAUGAACUGGGAUCCCAUGUCAAGAAAAUAUGAUGACACUCGGCCUGUUGAUGGUAUUGAGCCACCUUGCAUUCCACGUGAAUUUAGCCUGUUGGUUAAGAGAGCAAUUCAAGAUGCACAUGCCCUUGUUAAGAAACAAUACCAUGUUAGCAAUGUGGAAGACAUACUCCCUCUAACAUCUCCUGAUAUAUGCAUCGUCAACUUUUAUACUACCAGUGGGAGACUUGGGCUCCACCAGGAUCGUGAUGAAAGCAGAGAGAGUCUCCGUAAGGGAUUGCCAGUUGUCUCCUUAUCCUUGGGCGAUUCUGCAGAAUUCCUGUAUGGAGAUCAGAGGAAUGUGGACAAUGCAGAAAGAAUUUUUCUGGAAUCAGGAGAUGUUUUGUUUUUUGGUGGUAAAUCUAGACAUAUAUUUCAUGGUGUGUCAUCCAUCAUACCAAAGUCGGCUCCAAAGGCCUUGCUGGAAGAAACUCGUCUUCGUCCCGGCCGUCUCAACCUUACCUUCAGACAGUUUUGAGAAACCUUUCAAUCUAUACUACAGCAGGGUUGUUAGCCAUGACCGCGAUGGUGGGCGGUAACCAGAGGAAUGAGGAUGGACCCAAUAGACAAAAACGUAGUCUUCAUGAUACGUCAAAAAUUUGCCGGAUUAUAUUUUGACAUUUUACUCUGUUUUGUUCAAAAAGUUUAUAGACCCGCGAUACAGCUCAUAAUUUGUUGAUUUUCCAUCUAUCAAGGGCCACUCUUGUCAUUAUUUUGUUUAUCUUAAACUGAUUGCUAGAACCAAUUUUAGUCCAAAUUGUUUUAAAUUACACAUAAGUGGAUACCAAUAUGAUGUAUUAGAAUGAAGAGAAUAUUUCUUAUUCUAUUUCUAAAUUCUGUUGUCAUUUUUGUUCA